AUGGGUAGCUGUUUGUCCACCAUAAAAGUGUGUGGUUCCGGCAGCAACAACCCUCCUGCCACCGCCAACAACCCCAAGAACCGCCGCUCCUCCGCCGCUUCAACGGCUACCUAUGGAAAUCCUUCCACGACUACUACUACAUCGAAAAAACAAGAGGGGUCCCACAAUCGUCAGAAGCCGCGUGAAAACAACAAGGAUCAUCCAAACCAGAAGCAAUCCCAGCACAUAAUCAAGAAUACUUCGAAAAAGUCAAGCGGGGUCAUUCCGUGUGGUAAAAGGACAGAUUUUGGGUAUGAUAAGGAUUUUCAUACGAGGUAUACCAUCGGAAAAUUGUUGGGCCAUGGCCAAUUUGGUUAUACCUAUGUUGCUAUUGAUAAGUCGAAUGAAGAUCGUGUUGCUGUCAAGAGAAUAGAGAAGAACAAGAUGGUUCUUCCUAUUGCGGUUGAGGAUGUCAAGCGCGAAGUCAAAAUAUUGAAAGCUUUAGCUGGCCACGAAAAUGUGGUUCACUUUUAUAAUGCUUUUGAGGAUGAUUCAUAUGUAUACAUAGUUAUGGAGUUAUGUGAGGGUGGAGAACUGCUAGACCGUAUACUAUCAAAAAAGGAUAGCCGUUACACGGAGAAAGAUGCAGCAAUUGUUGUGAGGCAGAUGCUCAAAGUAGCAGCCGAGUGCCAUUUACAUGGCUUUGUACAUCGUGAUAUGAAACCGGAGAAUUUCUUAUUCAAGUCCGCAAAGGAGGAUUCACCCCUGAAGGCUACAGAUUUCGGCCUUUCAGACUUCAUACGUCCAGGCAAGAAAUUCCAAGAUAUUGUUGGCAGUGCGUAUUAUGUUGCUCCAGAGGUUUUGAAGCGUAAAUCUGGGCCCGAAUCAGAUGUGUGGAGCAUUGGUGUAAUUACUUACAUUUUGCUAUGUGGCCGUAGGCCAUUCUGGGACAAAACAGAAGACGGCAUAUUUAAAGAGGUCCUCAGGAACAAACCUGACUUCCGGCGGAAACCAUGGUCAGGAAUAAGCAAUGCUGCUAAAGAUUUUGUGAAGAAGCUACUAAUGAAAGAUCCUCGUGCAAGACUUACCGCAGCUCAAGCCUUAUCUCAUCCAUGGGUUCGAGAAGGAGGUGAAGCUUCAGAGAUUCCUCUCGACAUUUCUGUUCUAUCCAAUAUGCGGCAGUUCGUCAAAUACAGUCGGUUCAAGCAGUUUGCGCUUCGGGCACUGGCCAGUACACUUGACGAGGAGGAGCUUUCUAACCUUCGGGACCAGUUUGAUGCAAUCGAUGUGGACAAAAAUGGUGCUAUUAGCCUUGAAGAAAUGCGACAGGCCUUGGAAAAGGAUCUUCCUUGGAAAAUGAAGGAUUCGAGAGUUGUUGAAAUACUCCAAGCAAUUGACAGCAAUACCGAUGGGCUUGUAGAUUUUUCUGAGUUUGUUGCAGCCACUCUGCACGUCCAUCAAUUGGAAGAGCAUAAUUCGGAAAAAUGGCAGCAGAGAUCACAGGCUGCCUUUGAAAAAUUUGAUGUCGACCGAGAUGGGUUCAUAACUCCAGAAGAACUUAAAAUGCACACUGGCCUAAGGGGCUCGAUAGACCCGCUUCUAGAAGAAGCGGAUAUUGACAAAGAUGGAAAGAUCAGCUUGUCUGAAUUCCGCAGGCUCUUAAGAACCGCCAGCUUGAGCUCACGACGUGUGAAGAGCCCUACCGCCAGGGGAGUUGCCCACAGGAUAUAG